AUGGCUAGCCCUGACGAAGUGACAGUCUCAAGUACCCAAGGCUUUGGCAGACAAGUAUCUCAAGUAGCCACUCUUCUGGAGACAAAGAGACAAGCAAAAAUCACAGCAAUCAAUUUAGCCAUUCCUCAUGCAGUGAAUUUGGUCGAGCUCAUCAAGCACAAAGUUAAAGGAAUCCACCAAGUUAACUCAUUUGAAAGAGUCCCUAACACCAACAAGACAAGAGUGGUCUUUUUAUUAAGCCUAGAUGCUUUGGAUCAAACUAGCAAAGGAUAUCAAGCCCCUAUUCCUGAAAGCCAAGUUGAAUCCAAAAGGGUGAGGUUAAUUAAAGUACACUGUACUUUUUAAACCCCUCCGAAAAAACCUACAAAAAUGACUGUGUACUUUAAAAAUGGUCGUUUAGUGUGAAAAAAGUACAAACGGUACUUUUCGAUUUUUUAAAAACAGGGGGUGAAAAAAGUAAACGGUGAAAAAAAAAGCCAAAACAGAGGAAAAAAGUACAUAUAUAAAAAUCAAUAUUCUAUCAAGAUUAAGUAAAUUUAAGCAAAGAAAGGCCAAGGUUAAAUUGGAUAAUAAACAGCCUAUAUUGCAUUAUAAUAAAUACUAAACAAUAUUGCUGGAAAGAAUGCAAGAGCUGCAUGAUAAACAAUAAAAAAUAUUUGGCUCUCAAAAUAAGAGGAAAAAAGUACGCUGCAAAAUAUAAAAUGAUUAAAGUGACGUAGAAUAAUCUAAUAUAAAAGACUAAUAAUAAACACAGGAAAUUCCCUUAGAAAGUUCAACUUAAUUUGUUAAAUAAAAGACCAAAAGUUACAAAGAAAUAUAAGAAAAGUGAUUAUGGAGAAAAUUUUAAAAAAUGGAUGAAAAAAGUACAUUUUUUUUUUCAUAUGUGCAAAAAGAGUGAAAAAGUACUCAUAAAAAAAAGUACUUUUUUCAUCCAUUUUUUAAAAUUUUCUCCAUAAUCACUUUUCUUAUAUUUCUUUGUAACUUUUGGUCUUUUAUUUAACAAAUUAAGUUGAACUUUCUAAGGGAAUUUCCUGUGUUUAUUAUUAGUCUUUUAUAUUAGAUUAUUCUACGUCACUUUAAUCAUUUUAUAUUUUGCAGCGUACUUUUUUCCUCUUAUUUUGAGAGCCAAAUAUUUUUUAUUGUUUAUCAUGCAGCUCUUGCAUUCUUUCCAGCAAUAUUGUUUAGUAUUUAUUAUAAUGCAAUAUAGGCUGUUUAUUAUCCAAUUUAACCUUGGCCUUUCUUUGCUUAAAUUUACUUAAUCUUGAUAGAAUAUUGAUUUUUAUAUGUACUUUUUUCCUCUGUUUUUGGCUUUUUUUUUCACCGUUUACUUUUUUCACCCCCCUGUUUUUAAAAAAUCGAAAAGUACCGUUUGUACUUUUUUCACACUAAACGACCAUUUUUAAAGUACACAGUCAUUUUUGUAGGUUUUCGGAGGGGGUUUAAAAAAGUACAGUGUACUUUAAUUAACCUCACCAAUCCAAAAGCUGGGAUGAACUAAAAAAUCCACCUGCAAGGCGGGCUUUUGAUGAAACAAAAAGAGAAGAAACAGCUAGAAAGCCUGAGCAGUAUCAUAGAGAAGAGCAUAAACAGAGUCAGCCUUGAAAAGAUAGAUCUCAUGAAGCUAAAACAAAAGAAGGAGAAGAAGAAACAAAAAGACCAAGCACUAGAACUCGUGGCUCAACGGAAAGGUAUGAAAGAGGGUCGUCUAGAGGUUUCAGAAGUUCCAGAGGAAGAGGUACCAGGGGAGCAAGAGGCAGCAGAGGAAGAGGCGGCUAUCAAAAUGAAAGAAGAGCCCCUCCGGAACAAGGAAAAUAUAUCAGAGAAAGGCCUCAUGAAGAAACAAAGAGAGAAGAUAAUGAAAUUUUCGUAAACACUAUGGGCAACCCAAGCUUCUUCUUAAAGCAAGCUUUAUUACUUCUCAAGAAAGAUGGAAAGAGAACCGUUGUAAUUAAAGCUAGUGGAGGAGCAAUUCCAAAAGCAGUCAAAGUUGCUGAGGAUGUUAAAAGAUAUGAAUUAGGACUACACCAGAUAAAUAACUUCAGCAAGAGAAAAGUCCAGGUUCUAUAUCGUGCUCAAGAAGAAGGACUAGAAGACAAAACUAUCGAAAGAGAAUUAGAAGGACUUGAAAUCACUCUUACUCCCGAAAAAAAAUUUUGAUCACUCUUAAAUAAGCAGAUUUUUAAUUUAAACGUGGCUUAAUUAUAUAGAUAUUCCAAUUUGAAAGAAACCUAAUCUAUUUUUAUAAAUCCAUUUUUUUACAAAGUAUAUUUAUAUUAAAAAUUUUUAUCUUUUUUUAAUGGAGAUUGUUUCCUAAAUAAGAAAUUUUCCAACAUUUUGUUUUUGCUCUUAAAAAUGAAGGAGUUAGCAAAGACGAGCAAGAUAAGACUCAUCCAGGAUAUCAGGCUCCCCUCCCUGCAAAUCAGGUCAAGAGCAUUUCGAUCGAAGAAGUAGAAAAAUUAAGAUAA